GGCUGCGGGCGGGCAGGGAGCGGGAGGAGCCUGGGCAGCAGCAGCCGGACGCCGGGGCAGGGGGCUCCCGGGGCAGGCGGUGGGGGGGACUCGGUGACAUCCCCCCCCCCGCCUUUCCCCCCACCACCACCCCGGCGGGCGCGACCCUCGGGCUGCGGCGGGGGCGCCGGUGCCGGACGCGGCGGUGCCAGCAGCCAUGGGGUUAACGGGAGGCAGCGAGCGAGAGAGACAGAGACAGAGAGAGAGAAAGAGGGGCUGGACCAGUCCUCGGCAGCUGUUUAUUUCAAGGCAUCUCUCGCUCCCUCUCCCUCAGCCAGGGCUCAGCCUCAUCAAACCUUCCUCCUCCUCCUCCUCCUCCUCAUCCUCCUCCUCCUCCUCUCCUUCCUUCGUCCUGGCCAUGAGAGGCACCGGCAGCGGCAGCUGUGCUCCCCCAGCCCCCUGCUCCGCCGCCCCGGCUGCGCCCCGCUCGUCUCCCCGCAAGUGAAGAAGAUGAGACGGGAUCCUCGCUGAGCGAAGACGCUGUUGCAUCUGCGAUGGAGCCUGGUGCCUGCAGGAUGCCUCCGCUCCUCUCCUGCGUCCACUCCCUGCAGCUUUGGCAUCUCCUCCUCCUGGUCUCGGCCGUCCCUCCUCCUCCCGGCGUCUGGUCUCUUCGCUCGCGGGGCCCAGCAUCCGCUCGGCCCCUUUGCACCCGUCGGAGCCCCUCGGCCCCGCGGCCCAUCUGCAUCUGGGACAGGACCUCGCUGCCGCAGGAGAGGGAUUCUCGCCUGGCCCUGCCGCGCCAGCGGGCCCCGGCACCCCGGGGGUCGGAGCUGCGGCACGUGGUGCGGCUGCGGCGCCAGGCGGCGGGGGCUCGCCCUGCCACCCCCUCCGGGUUCGAGGACGGCAUGCCCUCCUCCCAGUACCCCUGGGCCAUCGUCUGGGGCCCCACGGUGUCGGAUGAGGAUGGAGGGGACGCCAACUCGGCCAACCCAGGCUUCCCACCGCUGGGUUACACCUUCGUCUCGCCACACGGCAUGGCAACGGCGCAGCCCAACUCCCACUCGCUCCUGCACAACGCGGGGCUCAACCUGCGUGAGACCCCGGCCACCCUGCGGCCCUUCUUGUUUGGGCCCCGGGGGGAAGGCGUGGACCCCCAGCUGUACGUCACCAUCACCAUCUCCAUCAUCAUCGUCCUGGUUGCCACCGGGAUCAUAUUCAAGUUCUGCUGGGACCGUAAUCAGAAACGCCGGCGUCACUCCGGGCAGCAGAGCGGUGGGAGGCAGCAGGAGAGCCAGCAGCCCCUCACGGACCUCUCCCCCACCACAGUCAGCAUCCUGGGGCCCUACGGUGACCCCCUGGCCCCCACGCCCGAGGCAGAGGAGUCUAGGCAAGGCCAAGAGGGUGUGGAGAAACUGGGGGGUCACGGGAAGAACACGGCCUUCCAGCUCAACCGAAUCCCACUGGUGAACCUGUGAUGCUCACAGGAGAAGCAGAGCUGGCUGUCCCACCCUCCCGUCACAGCCGGCGAGCACAGACUCCCGCCGCCUCUGCUACCCCGGGGAACAAACGACCUCCUUGUGCCACGGCUCACCACCACCAUUAUUAACUAACGCCACCAGGACGUGCCUGGGCAAAUGGACGAGCUGGGCCUCCUUAGCCUCCCGCUGGGGGAAGGCUGGGGAACCCCCCCCCCCAGCCCACGCAGGACAGGGUGAUGAGAGAGCAGGCUGGUGGGAGAGAAGACAGCUGGUGGUGGUGUGAAAUCUUGGCCUCCCUGGCCCCUCUCCUAGCACACACACACACACACACACACACACGCAGACAAACACACACACACACACACAGACACACACUUGGAUCUCCAUGACUCUCUCACCAGUGCAUGCCUGACAUUGGGGGUAGGCGAGGUGGAAAGGCGUACCCCUGUCCCCGUGGGCCCUAACCCCUCUGUGUGUCCCUUCCCAUGUCGUGUGCUUUGAAGUGAACGUCUGGAGUUCAGUUGUCUGCAGGAUUGCCCGCCGGGGCUCGCUCUCCCCUCAGCCAGGGCUGAGGUGGUGGCAGGUUCUUCUGUUCCCAAGGCCUUGGCUCUCCUGAGGGUCCCAAGAGUGGGUGAAGCUUGGGCAGAAGAGGCUCACGCAGCACCUGGGUCCCCUCAGCAACCCAUUUCCUUGAAGGAAACAUUACCUCCCCCCUAGAUGGAAGAUACUCACACCUCUCUUCUUUCUUUCUGCCUAACAUUCCUCUGUUUUUUUCUCUUCAGUUUGUAUCUUUCUUCAUCUUUCCGUCCCCAGUUGUUUUCUCUCAGUUCCUCCCCUCACCACUUCUCUUGCCAGUUAAAGUUGGGAAGAGUUCCUUUAGUUUUCAAAAUGUUUUGAUCCCUUGGAAGCCUCCUUGCUGUCCCCCUCUGCCCCCUCAGUCUCCUUCAGCAAGGUUUUUCUGAUGAACAUCAGUCUUUGGUGAUGUUCUUCAGAAAAUCUGAGGCGAAGCCCUCUGCUCAUUAUGUUAUUUAGCAAGCGUCCUGUACACUGGGAUACUGCCGAAGCAGCUAAAGCAUGGCAUGCGGAUAUAGCUGGGCACGAGGAAAUUGAGUUUUGCUGGCCUGAGGUAGGGAAUUGCUUUCAGACGCUCAUGCCACAGGCAACGAGCAGCAGAUAUGACUCUGUGUGCCUGGGAUGACAAAGAACAAUUUAGAGUUGACCUUGGGGGCAUCUGGGGGGUUGCCAUGUGCUGCUGGUAGGUUUCUCCUGGAAUGCAAGGUGACUGGAGACCCAUGAGGCAAUGCUCAUCAAGGGCAUGAGAGAGAAGAUAUCUGGGGUGCCAGCCUUCGUAAGUGUAUUGUCACAGCUGGUUGGGGACUAAAACCAAUGGCACAGGUAUCGGCGCAAUCUGGUUGCCUGAGCAUGUACUUUGGGGCUGUGGUGGUCUGUAGGACAGGCAGCCACGUUGUCUGUUACUUGUGUGAGCAAGAUCAGCAUGUCUCAACCUUCUUCCUACGUGUGGACCCAUGGGUGUCGCUUUGAGGAAGUGUAAAAUGGCAAAUUUCAGCUUAAUGAUAAUAGUUGCUCUCCCUUGGCUCUUGCAGACACCUUUAAAGUAAUUCACAGACCCCACAUUGACAGCCACUGAGCCGAAAUGAUGCAGAUUUAGGUAAAGUUGCCCCUGUACUGUACGAACACCUUCAGCUGCUGGACUGAUGUGGCCAGAGACAGGAAACUCACCCACAAUUUGAAGGCCCUAAUGCGCCAUACAAGAUCUCUGGCAAAAGUCAUCUUGGAGAAAAGAAAAUGGGCCUUUCAUCCUUUAUCUGUGCAGUAAAAGCCUAUUCUUUAUAGGACAAAGCACAUGGAAUUUCAUAAGAGGCCUGUUUCUGCCCAUUUACCCAGCUGAACUAUUAGGUGAUCUCGGGUCUCAUCUGACUCACCGUGAAGGACAUUUAAAUGAGAGUGUAAAUUGCAAUAAGCUUUGCAAAAAACAGUAGAGAUUUGGAGAAAAUGACAGGUCAAAUAAAAUUACUGGCUUAUUAAAAGCACAGAACGGCUGAACAGUGUAGAUGGAAAAGGACUCCGGAGGUCUCUAGUCUAAGCACAGGUUGAGGCUCCGCUUAUAGCAGGGGAUAUUAUUGCUUUACCCUAGAUCGAUCUAUUACCGAGCCUUUGCCUUAUUCCGGCUCCAUUUGAGGCUUUGGUGGGCAUUCAAGCGGCGGAUGGAGAGAGAAGGGGGCAGAUGGCUGUUCCUGCCCGCUGCCCCGCUCACCACGGCCCCCGCCAGCUGAGGGCAGCUGGGGGCUCUUCCCCCUCUCACUGGCACAUGGGCGCUGGGGAAGGCCAUCUGCAGACAGCCUGGCAAGAGGCUGCACUGCUUAUUGCCGGCAGUUUACGCUAUAAUGCCUUGAACUGGUUUAAGUAAUCUUCCAGGCCAGAUUAAUUAGAUUUCUCUUUGAUCAAUAGCGCUUGUUGAAACAAGGCCAGAGUUUAGACUCCACCACUUCAAGGGCUGUCCUUGGACUUUCCCUUUCUACACGCUGCACGGAGAGAAGGUCUGUAAGAAAGCAGCAGGAGCUGUAGUGAAAACAUUUUCCAACACUUGAUGUGGGGAAGCCCUGAGCUCUGCUGUCCAGGCUUUUGUGAACUCUACAAAAAAAUCAGAUUUUGGUGUUUUGGGUGGGUUUUUUUCCCCUCUAACAUGUCUCUGUUUUUGUUAAAAGUAUCUCCAGGGAAUGAAGCCUUUCACGGAUGCUGUGGUAAGGGGGAAGCUGGGGAACGCAGUAGAGAAAACUCUUACAAUGACAGAAACUUGGAUAUGCUGAACAUCUUUUCCAAGACCAAUUUUUCUAACCAAAUAUGUUUUCAAGACAGUCAUUCACUCUCUGACACAAAACAGGUUAGAUAUGGGAAUCAACUUCAUUGUCCUGCCCAAACUUUCAUUGCAACAUUUUGUCCCCGGAACAAAACACUCAAAGCACGUGUGGACACACAAGCUUCAUCCAGUCAAUAAAUAAUCUCACUGGGUCUCUUUUCUCCAUGGCUGGAGCCUUACAAACCAUCUUUCCUUAUGCAGACUGGAGCCAGAGCGUGCCUGCAGUCUCCUCCCUGGCCCAGGCUAAUAUUCUGUGAGAUGCACACACAGACAGGUUGACAGCACCGAGUACCAAGCCAGGGCAGAGGCCAGCAUCUUCUCAGUCACAGCCCAUCAGGUUUCCUUGUCUUCUAGGUGACUGGAGGAGAAAGAUCUGGAUUAUUUUUUCCCAGUGGAAAUUUUACAGAGAGAAAAGUGUGCGGGGAAAACGACUGAAAAUGUUCAUAGCCUUGGACUGGAGCCUGCCCAACGUUUCUGUGCAAUUAAAAGAAAACGCCCAGGUGGGCUGGGUGAGUGGAAGGCACCGUGUCUGCGCUGAGCUCCUGGAGGGACGUGGCUGUUAACACAAGGGUGGUCUCUCUGUGAGAGCAGUGGGAAAGAGGGAAGGUCUGGGGGAGAACCUCUCCCCUCCACCCUGUGUUGUUUCAAGGCGGGAACCGGAGGCUCCCUCUCUCUACCCAGCAGAGUGGCAUGACCACCAGGCCAGAUCCUGUUUGGGCUUUUCCAUCUGGUCAGUUGCAGCUGGUAAGCACGGGAGCAAACCUCCAGUCUGUGCUUCCACAACAUUCCUCCAGUCCAUUUUACAGGGACUCACCUCCAGCCAAGCAUCCCACAGCUUCAGAGAGGGCUAUCUACCUCUUCCUCAAUGGCACCUAAGUGCCCUUGCAAAUCUGGUCCCUUCAUUCCCCACUCCCUUUCCUGAUAAGGAAAAGUACUUGGAAAGGAGCAGUUUGUUCAUUCCCUGCAAAUUCUCGAACACGAUCACUUUCAGACUGCUCUGGAUUAAACUAUGGCACAGCCUUAGAGCCGAGUCCUGCAGCACAAAAGCCUUGGGCCAAACUCCAGCUCCCUGAUUGCACCCCCGCUGAUGUCUCACUGUAGUCCUGGCCCUACCUUGGCAAGACCGUAGAGGGGGGCCCCCUUCCUUCACCGACUGCUGGCUCUCUACUCCUUUUUUCCUGUUGUCUUCCCUCUCCCACUGUUUUCCCACUUCCCACUCCUGUCCUGUACCACGGUCUCCCUCCCGGUUAUCUCUCCCCUCCUGCUGUUUCGCUCUCCCCACUCCUCUCUUGUUCUCCCUUCGCCACUCGGUCUCGUUGUGCUGCGGCUCCCAUUCCUCCCCUCCGUCUUCCCUCCUGCUUCCCUGCUCAGUCUCGCUCUUCCCCCUCCCCUGCCCUUGUGCGCUGUGAUAUAUAUUUUUGUAGGAUUUCUCUUCUCCUCGUGGUGAAAUAUUCAAUUCUUGUGGGAUGUUAGUUUCAACAUUUUUAAAUAAACCUUUGCA